AAAGAGAACUUAAAAAGCCACCGAGAGGCGGCGAUGAGAAGAGAAAGGCGCCAGACGCAGCGUCUGAGUCGCCGGAUCCGCUCAGCAGCGCCCAUCGACGUGGCUUCGCGGCGGCCCGAGCGGAUGAUGUGGCUGCAGACCCCCGAGAGGUCAGCUGAGAGAGGCGGCGCGGCCGGGUGCUGGAAGGCGGCAGCGACAGCAACCCCCGCCGGCAUCGCGGCCCUCGCUCUCCGUUGGCUUUGGCUAAGACGCAGCGUCGAGUCGCGGAGGAGCGCCCCAGGCCAGUAGUCCUUCCCUGGCCCAGACGCUAUGGAAGAGCACACCAGUGGGUCAAGUCUGUAGAAUGGUAGCGCAUAGCAGUGUGACGCCUGAGAAUGGAAUUGCAACAGAGCUGAGAUGUCGACUUGAGCCACCUGUGCGGGACACUCUGCAGGCCUGCGUUCCCCACAGCCUUGGCCGGGCCAGCACCGUGCAAAAACCUCGGGACACCCACUUCCACACCUUUCGCUCCCAGGCUGAUUUCAGCACCAUCAUCCGGACCAGCGCAUUGCUGGAUGAGUGUGGCUUUUAUUGGGGACCGUUGUCUGUCAAUGCAGCCCAUGAGAAGCUCAGAGGCGAGCUGGUGGGGACCUUCCUCAUCAGGGACAGCCGGCAGAAGAACUGCUUCUUCACCAUUAGCGUUAAGACAGCCACUGGACCCACCAGCAUUCGUGUCAUAUUCCAAGCUGGCUGCUUCAGCCUGGAUGGCAGCAAGGAGACAUUUGACUGUCUCUUUAAGCUGCUGGAACAUUAUGUUAGCUCUCCACGAAAGGUCUUGGUUGCCCCACUCCACAAAGAGCGCAUGCGGUCCUUGCAGGAACUCUGUCGCAAAAGCAUUGUGGCAACAUUUGGGAGAGAGAACUUAAGCGACGUCCCCCUGAACCCGGUCUUAAAGGAUUAUCUGGAAUCGUUCCCUUUUAAGUUGUAGGGAACUUGCAUUAAAGCCGCAUAUGCAACUGGGAGAAGGAUGGGGAGAUGGAAGAGAAAGUUCUGCCCACUGGAGUUUCUUCUUUUUUUAAAAAAAGUGCACAGCUGCAAUCCUGAGGGCCAGGUGGAAACAAUCCAUUUACUCAUGGAGAAUCCCGGGGAGAUGAGGGACGUUUUGGGUUGCAUAGAGACUUCUUCAACACAGUCACUAUAUCGUGUGUGCAGAUUGGAGAAAUGCAGAAAGAAAUCCGAUGCUGGGAUUUUUGGAAAAGUGUGGGCCAUGAACACAUCUAUUUUUGUAGCAGCUCUACUGUAUUUUGGGGGAGGGGGAUGGAACGUGAACACUUGACUUAUAAUGUUUACAUAAAUGAAAAAAAACUUUUGCACAAAGUGAGGCUCUGGGAUGCCUCAUUGAUAAUAUUUCUGCUGAGCAGAACAUGUUGUUAUUUUAUAUCUAUUUUUUUUAAGGUGGUAAUAAAACCUGAUUGUAAACGUUUUUG